CACUGGGUGUGUCUUCAAGAAGACUGGAUUUUGUUUCAGGACUGGAGAGAACUGGGAAAACGAAACCCCUCUCGUCAGCAGCCUUGGACCACUGGGUGUGUCUUCAGCCAGAGUGGAUAUUUUUUUCCAAGAAAACUUAAUUAGUUGACAGCUGUGCAUCUCUAGAUUCGGGUUGUAUUUGGAACUUCUACUGGACCACAUGGCAUUGUCUGGAACAGGCACGCUAGUGGCUUCCCUUGUCUGCAAGAUAACAGCUUCAACAGCUAUGGCCAAAGCUGGAGGUGCAGUCUCGGGCACCAUUCUAGCUGGCUCCCAGGGGCUCACCCUGUUAGCCCAGACUGCCCUGGGCUCUGGAGCACCUAUGCUUGCAUCUGCAUUUGGGGCACUGAAGGCUGGAAGCAUCCUGUCAGGGGGCCCUGCCUAUGUCUUGGCUGUUUGUCCCACUGGAGCCAAGGCUGCUGUUGCUGUGCUUGGGGGAGCCAUGACCGUAGCUGCUGUGCCUCCCGUGCUGGGUGCUGUGGGCUUCACUGGGACAGGAAUUGCUGCCUCCUCUCUAGCAGCUAAGAUGAUGUCCUUGUCAGCUAUUGCUAAUGGGGGUGGAGUCGCGGCUGGUAGCCUGGUGGCCACUCUGCAGUCCGUGGGAGCUGCAGGACUCUCCCUGUCAUCUAAAGUCCUCUUAGGCUCUGCAGGAUCUGCCGUGGUGGCCAGUGUGAUGGGCAUCUCUCAGAGUUCCCGUCCUUCUCUCCUUUGAGAAGAGGACAUGAAAGGAUAGGGGUCAGGUCACAGCUUGUCCAACCUAGAGAAUGAAGCAGACAAGGAAGCAGAGGAGACAACCCCAAGCUUCUCCAACACAGAGAGUGAUCAGUUAACCUCAGGGAAUGAUCUGUCCUCUUGGGAUCUGCAGGAUCUUCUCUUCUGUGUAGUGUAAUAGCAUCUGUGUGAGAUCGAGUUCUCUGUUUAGAGGACAGGGGAGUAGAGGUGACACCUCCCUGCUUGGUCAACCUAGAGAAUGAUCAGUCAACCCCAGGAGAUGAUCUGCCAGUGUCAGAUGCCUAAUUGGAAAUAAGAAAUAAAACCAAGUGGUUGCCAGCCUUUUCCUUA